CCUCUAAUCUUAUUUGCAUAUCUUCAAUAUUCCUUGCCUGUUAACUUGUUUAAUAGCGCUAUUUAAUAUUGUUAACCGCGAUCAGCAAUGACAGGUGAUCGUUUAAAACAUGAUGUAUCCGGCGACGUCGGGAGGUCGGAUGGUAGAUCUGGAGUAACAAGACGUCGAGUGGCAAAACCGACUUCUCUUAGAGAAAACGGAUCAUUAAAAUUUGAAAACGACCUUGCAUUGGCGCUGAAAGAAAGUUUGAAGUAUGCUAAACAAAUGGAUAGCGACCCAAAACCAAUGGAAGAUUCGUCUUUAAGGAGAAACAAUAUUGAAAAUCAAAAGAACGAACUAGAAACAAAGUCUUCCAUCUCAUCCAGACUAAUGGAUACAUAUGGUGAGAAGCAGUUGAAAGAACUUUUAGUGUUGCAUAUCGAUCUAAUACAACACCAGCAAGAGUUGGUUAUUCAGAAAGACCGACAAAUUAAACAAAUUAAACAAGAGAGGGAUAAUCUAAAAUGUAGACUAGAUAGGAUGGAAAGACGAAUGUCUCUACUAAAGCAUAGAGUACCUGAUGUAGAAUUGAAUGAAAGUCCACAAAGACAAAGAGGUGAUCAACAGCCCUCUUCACAGUGUUUGUCUGAAAAUAUACCAUCACAUACAUCAGAGAGGUCAUUGAAAAGGAAAAGAGCCAGUUUUGAACCACUGAAUCUCAGUAAGCGUUUCGUCACAGAUUCCAGUGUAGAAAGUAGAAACAAACCAGCAGACACUAAAUUACAACCAAAAGUUGAUAGAACUAACAGAAGUCGAAGUAGAACUUUCACUAUACCCACCGAGGAAAUAUACAAUGCUUGGGGAUACAGGGCCAGACCUGGUCAGAUAGCUGCAGAUCCUAGUAUGCUUAAGGAACUUCAAAAAAGAACAAGCAUUAAGAAAACAGACAAUGUAGACAAUAGUGUUUUGCGUACUAAAGACAAUUAUCACAUUUCAUUUUAUCAACCUGUAGCAGAACAUAUUGAAAUUGAAAAUAACACUGAUUUGCUGAAAGGUGCCCAGUCUCAGUUAACAGUUGAAUGUCCACAUUGGAGGGUAAAAAUGUAUACCAAUCAGUGGGGACUUGAAGGAACAGAGAAUAUGGAAGAUGAAAUUUAUACAAAGAGGCACACUAAACCAGAAAUAGAAGAAAAGAGAAGAAAGAGAUGGGAUUUGCAAAGAUCUAGAGAGCAGGCUGCAUAUGAGAAAUUGAAAGAAAAAGAAAAAGGUGCUGAUGUUCUUCCUGUAGAGGAAAACUCCAAUUCUGUGGAAUCAUUUUAUCCUUCUCUUGAUAAUAUUACUCAUUUAGAAAUCACAGAUAAAAUUCCAGUGAUGGUGUUUGGUCAUGGAAUACCAAAAAUGGACGUAACAGGAUUCAAGUUGCCCUGGGAUGUAAAUAUGAAGAAAGGACAUAGUCAUUUACGCACAAGACACACAAGGAAUACAUAACACAGAUGUUCUUCAGAUGUAUUCACCAGCCAUUUCAUGACUUGAUUCACAAUCACUGACCAAAGCUAGAAUUUUGUUGUUGAUAUUUUUUAUUGUUGUAUUUAAUUUAUAUUUGAUAGUAAAUAUUUUUGUUGCUUAGUAUUGGGUAUAAGUGAUAAUGACCCUGCGUUAUAUUGUACAAUUAAUGUCUUGUGUGUUCCUUGGUCAAAUAUUCAAGCUUUUAAAAUUGCAAUCCUACAAAAGGCAAGACAUCUCAGUUAAAGAAAAGUCAUAUAGGGGUGAAGUAUCUUUAUGCAUUCAGUUGCAUUUUUUCAUUUUUAUUAUUGAAAUACAGAAGCCUAGUUAUUUUUGUAACUAACAUUUCUUUUCGUUAAAGAUGUUUAAAACAGAACAAAAGGUAUUUUGCUUUGAAGCAAAAAAAUAAAAUAAAAGGGGGGAUUAAAUACAUUUGCACAGAGGACAUAGGUUGAGCAAUCUGAUUUUUUUCCUUUGCUAUUCAGCAUUUGUAAAAUCUGUUACAGAGCGAAGUGAAAAUUAUAUACAAGUUGUUUUGUUAUUAAAUAUGUUUUCAAUGUGAUUCCAUAUUAACAAGCAUUUAAUUCAACCCUGCAAACUUUUUAUUUACUCUUAUACAGUUGAGUAAUAAUUCAAAAGUAACUGAAGUCUGAGAAUAUCUUUCCAAAUAAAUUUCCCAAUUAGAUCAUGCUUCUUUCAGUUGUCGAAGUUAUUCAUCUUUGAAUAGAUGGGUGUCAUUGUAUAUGAAGUUUAAUUAUUCUUACAGAAUCUUAAUUAGUUGACCUUUAUGAAAACCAAUUGAAUAUCAUAGAGAGAGAAAUAUCAAAGAAAUGGACAGAUAUGAAAAAUGAUCUAACUUUAUAUGCAACCAUUUCACCCAAUAAAUAAGAAGCCAACCAUCUCACCAUUAAAUUAGAGUGUACUGUAUUGUUUUACCAAGUAUAGAACAUUUGGGCAUAAAUUUUUUUUCUUUUUUCCAAAAAAAUUGAAGGUUCAUUUAGGGUUAAAAACGUUUAUAAAUUACAAUACUUUCAUAAAUACUUCAGUCUGUCUUAUAAAUAGACUAACCUAAUCAGCUUUGACCAAAAUAUCCAAAGUUAACACUGGUAAAAAUACUGAGCAAUCCUCAACCCAGUAUAAUUGUUUGGCAAAAAAGAAUCAUGGAACACAACUUCUGGAAAUAAAACGGUUGCAAGAUUCAUAACAUUUUUUUGCAAUAUAUACAUGUAAUUUAUUUUUUAUAGUGUUGAAAACUCUACCAAAAGAAGUUAGUAUGUAUUCAUUGAUCCUUGAAUAGAGAAGUCUGUACAAUUCAUUUAUAAAGAGAAUGUAACAGACGUACUUGAUAUUGAGUGUUUUUAUAAUCUGUCACAAUGGAUGUUGAAGUCUUUUUUAAUGAAUAAAGAUAUUUAAACUUUAA